UCUCGAUUCUCCAGUCCCAUACACAACUAUCUUAUUCUAGUAACAUCAAUCAAGUUCAAACACGCGAUAACAAUGUCUCCAGCACUACUUAUCAAAGACGUCUGCAUCUUUGACGGCGAAAGAGAGAUCUCAUCUGGUAGCGUACUCGUGGAAAAUGGGUUGAUCAAGCAAGUGACAGAAGGAUCACUUGCUGGACUAGACGCAUCUACUAUUAUUGUUUCCAAACCGGGACAUACAUUAGUUCCCGGAUUUAUCGAUGGCCAUGUACACGCAGAUGUCGACGAUGACAACUCAACACUGAAGCAGUGCUUGAAGUUUGGCCUCACUACUGUCUGUGAUAUGCACCAAGAGGCUGAGAACAUCAGCAAACUAAGGGAGCAGGCUGCAAAGGACUCGGAUUCGGCAGAUUACAAGACCGCUAGCCAAGCUGCAACUGUAUUCGGAGGGUGGCCAACACCUGCUAUAUUAGCCCAUGACAGCUCGGAUGAGACGAUAGCUCGAAUUUCCGCCUGGCCAAAUAUAAAGAGCAAAGCUGAUGUGGACGCCUUCAUCCAAGAUCGCCUCAACGAUAAGGUGGAUUAUGUAAAGCUGAUGCAUGAAGAUGGCAACGGUUUGUCCAUGAAGCCUACAUUGAUACCUAUAGAGCUUCAGAGAGCUAUCGUCGAAUCCACCCACCAGAAUGGCCUUCUCGCAGUUGCGCACGCUAUGAGUCUUAAAGGGACAAUAGAAAUGUUACAGGUUGGCGUCAAUGGGAUGGUGCACACAUUCUUUGACCGGCCACCUACAAAAGAAUUAAUCGAUGCAUACCUAUUGAACAAUGCAUACUGUAGCCCAACCCUAGUGACGAUCGCUAGCUUGACCUCGGAAGGGCUGAAAGAGCAACAGAGAUACUGCCAAGAUCCUCGAGUCCACAAACACCUGAGCGAUCAAAGUAAAAAGAACCUUCACAGAUGCAUGGCACUUAGCGAUAGUGCGGCAAAGGUUGAAUAUGCUUAUCAAAGUGUGAGGGAGCUGAAAGCUGCCGGAAUCGAAAUUAUCUUGGGAUCUGACUCUGCUGGCCCUGCACAUGGAACUGCUUUCGGCCUUACUGCGCAUCAGGAAUUAGCCGUGCUGGUUAAAGAAUGUGGCUUCACUCCAAAGGAGGCAUUGAGAGCAGGGACUGCGCUAGUAGCCAAGAGAUUGCGUCUCAACGACAGAGGAAGAAUUGCGGAAGGGCUCAGGGCAGAUCUGGUCUUGGUGGAGGGUAACCCUCUUCAGGACAUCGACCACACGCUUAACAUCCGGGGCGUGUGGAAGAAGGGCACCCUUUGUUCGGCGUAUAAAGGAAUUACGGCGUAGGUAACCGGACCCUCUUCGAUGAUUCUAGAAAAGGAUUUUAAAGCGUGACGACUAUACUGAAAUACAUACAUACCUGAACAUACUUAUCUCCACUCAUACUCAACAUAUCAAGUCAAGGUGCUAUACGUAUGAUUCAAUGCACAGUGCCUAGUGUUAUACACACUAGCAAGUCAUAUAAAAACUAUAGAUCAAAGUAUCCUAGGGAUUGGAUACAU